AUGAAAAAGAAAAGUCAAAGUAAAGGAAACACUCAAAAAUUAUAAGUUGAAGUGGAUAUUAUGGUUUAAUCCUUUUUAUUUGCAUAGGAAUAAAGAAUUGUUGGAUUUAAAUAAAUAUAGUAAUCAAUUUUGUAUAGUUAUUAUAUUACAAUCUCAAAAAGAAUCUGCUAAAGAAAAAAAUUGUUAUUAAGCUAAGGAUCCACAAGACUAAUGUUCUUUUGAAGAGUACAUAACUAAAAUACUACAUUUAGAUUAUGGAAAACAUGUUUUAGAAAAACAUAAGGAAUUUGCAAAGACAUUCCAACAGAAAAAUAAACUAAAUAAAGUGUCAUCUAGACCAUCAUCUCGUUCAAGUUCACUUUCUAAAUAGACCAAACAAUCAGAAACUUAAUCAUAAUAGAAUCAGAGCUAUUUUAUAUAGAGUUUGAAUCUUACAUGCAAGAAUUCAGCAAAUGAAAAUUUGAAACGGGCACUUCAAGUCUAAUAAUAUAAAUCUUACAGACUUAGAUUAGAUAGAAUAUUCUAAUGA